CGUGUUUGACAUCAAUUACACCAACGAGCCACCUUGCUUGCUCCAUCAACCACUGCACCUUGCUUGCUUUCGCCCUCGCCAUGUCUGUGCCAGAGGCGCGCUCGGACGCCAUCUUGGAUGCCUUGGAAGACCUGGCGUACUCGCCGCUUCCUGGCCCUGAUGACUUGGAUGAGGCACUACUGGAAGGCGUGGAUUCUCCACUCUUUGUUGCCAUCUGCGUGUUCCUCUCAAACGCCAUCACAAAGGCCAGGCGCCUGGAGACUGUCGUGUCCAGUGGUGAUGACACAUCUGCCCUGCUGAUUGAGUUGAGCUCGUUCCUGCAAGAAGCCGGGUGCCCAUUUGAUGAGUUUGAAAAGGACACGUUUGCCGCCGUCCGCGAUCUGACAUCACGCAUCAACCUGCUGGAAUGGCUGUGCUCCGAGGCCCAGACAGCACGCAUGAUCCGCUCACAGACCAGUGACAAAAUGGACGUCGCCACAGAUUUUGGUACAAGCGCGGAGGAUCGCCUCGCCAGCGUCCUGUCGACCCUCGGCCUCUCCGACCGUGCACAGUCUACCACGUCUGAAAUCUUCUCCGCCAUCACCGCGAGGAUUCAACAUCUGAUGAAGCAGGCUGGACAAAACUACAUUGAGCCACCCAUCCUCUCCCACAAACUCUCGCCAGAGCAAUGGGCCAAGCUUGAGGACAUCAACGCGCAGUUGUCUGAGGAGUAUGCGGUGCGGCGGCAGAUGCUGCUCAAGCGAAUCGACGUCACCAUCCAGUCCUUCAAGUGGUCUGACAGGGUCAAGAAAUCGCUUGAUGAGCUUGAGCGCAGCACACAGCCGCUGCGUCACACAAUGACAACAGCCAGCGACGUGGACGUGCACGAUGUCCUCUUUGCUUCCAGAGACCUGCUGAACAUCUCCAAGACGAGCGGUGCUGCUGUCCGCCACGCCACCGCAAAGUCGAAGAUCCGUGGCAUCUUCAUCGGCGAUGUUCCCGACCGUGGUGGCCGCCCGACAGAGCAGCGCGCUCCAGGCAUGAUGCCGGCCUUCAGAAAGCGCACUGUAACGGCCCGGCCUCAGCGCAACAAGCGCGGGAACGGUGGUGGUGUUGGCGGCGGCGGUCGCAACAGUGGCGGUGGCGGUGGACGUCGGCGUGGCAAGAAAGGAGGCAGGGUGCAAGGAGGUUGGAGCAAGAGCUGAUUUCUUUUGAUUUUUGUUUGGCGCUGUGCUAGAGGGGGGGACAAGGGUUGUGCGACACUUUGAUUUGCCUCCGGCAUUGGGUUGAGCUAUAUUGUGGUGCAUGAUGUGCUUGCCCGGUUGCCGUGUGCAAUCUACAUAUGGACGGUUCAGUGAUCAAAGGGUGUGCGUGCCUUGAAGAUUUUGCGCACGGAUUGAAGGUUUGGAACAUAAAACGAGACUUGUUACUGUUGUGGCCUAGAAGCUGAAUAAAG